AUGAUCAAGACUGCUAACCCGAGGGCCACAGCGGCCUAUCCCUCGCCACCGCACUCCCUCACACCCCCAGGGCGGCGCGGUUCAUUCUUCUCGGCCCACGACAAGCGCGGCAUGUCGUCCUCGCUGUCGCCGCCGCACCACCAGGGGCCGGGCAACGGGGCCGGCCCCUCCGAUGGCUCCGACAGGGGCCCUCUGGGGUCCCUCAACCUCAAUUUUCUCAAGUCGCUCAAUGAUAAGCGCACAACCCGAGAUGGCCAGCCGCAGAAGCGCCGCGGGCCCAAGCCGGAUACCAAACCGGCCCUGACCCGCCGGCAGGAGCUCAACCGGCAGGCCCAGCGAACGCACCGCGAGAGGAAAGAGCUCUACAUCAAAGCCCUCGAGGACGAGGUGCUCCGCCUGAAAGAGGUCUACAGCGCCGUCACUUCAGACAAGGACCGGCUUGCCGAGGAGAACCGGCAGCUCAAGCAGCUGCUGACCAGCAACGGCAUCUCCAUGGGCGGGCUCUUGCAGCCGGGACGUAGCAGCAUGCACGACGACAACGCUAGCAUCCCGAGCGUCGGCCACCAUUCCUCCCUGAGCAUCUCCGGCAGCGGCACCAGCUUCACCGGGCACCCCGCCAGUUCGCACACCAGCGCCUUCACCCCGCCGCCCUUGUCGGCCGGCACGCUACAGGGGCAGCCGCAGCCGCAGUUCUCUCCGCAGUACUCGCAGAAACUGUCCCCGAAACAAAGCCUCCAUUCGAACCACACGCACUCCCAUUCCCACGGGCAGGAACACGGCUCCCAUGCCGCGAGCAAUGUUCCGCAGCGUAAUCCGGGCAUAGAUUAUGAUCAAGCGGGGAUUGACUUUGUCUUGAGCCUAGAGAAGCCUUGCAUGGACCACCUCCCGUGGCUGGUUGAGCGCGGAUCGGCCAACGGCACGGGCGAAGCUUGCGGGCACGCCCUCAUGGCGUCGUGUCCCCCGAGGACGUUUGGCGAGCUCACUCCGCAGGUGCCUUUUGGCAAGACUCACGUCAAGCAGGGAGGGGACCUGCCGCCGUCGGACUUCAACCCCAAGGGCUACACGCAGCAGACGUGGGAGCUGUCCAAGGGUGACCUGUCGACGCUGCUCGACCUCAGCACCAAGCUGAACCUGGACGGCGAGAUCACGCCCGUCAUGGCCUGGGGAAUGGUGCUGGCGCACCCCCGCCUCGGGGAGCUGGCCCCCGCCGACUUUCAGAGGCUGACGGAGGAGCUGGUCGGCAAGGUCAGGUGCUAUGGGUUCGGCGCCGUGAUGGAAGAGUUCGAGGUCCGCGACGCGCUGGAGAGUGUCUACUCGACCAAGACGGACAUGCUGCAACCUGGCCCGAAUGAUGUUGCCAUGGCUUACUGA